UAACAGAACUCACAGAUGAGUCGGUUGUUGUCUCUGUCUCCACUGCGCUUCUCUCUCUAUAAAUCUCAGGCUUCAAUCUUCGGAUUCUUGCUCAAACAAUAUGGACGCUCCAGUACUCAAUCGAUAUUUCGGGGUCGUUUGGGGAUGUCAUCUAAUAGGAACUCGUUUUACCAAAUUAGAACUUUUUGCACUUCGGAAGAUUUAGCUGCUAAGAAGUGUGUACCAUGCAACGCAAAGGAUAUGCGUCCAAUGACAGAAGAAAGUGCUACUGCAUUGGUGUCAAAGGUUGAUGGGUGGAAUUUAGUGAAGGAAGAUGGUAAACUGAAGCUUAAUAAAUCUUUAAAAGUAAGAAGUUUUAUCAAAGGGUUGGAAUUAUUCCAGCUUGUAGGGAAUGUUGCUGAAGCAGAAGGUCAUCAUCCAGAUCUUCAUCUUGUUGGAUGGAAUAAUGUAAAAAUCGAGAUAUGGACUCACGCCGUUGGUGGACUGACAGAAAACGACUUCAUACUUGCUGCUAAAAUCAAUGGGCUUAAACUGCACGACUUACUGAGAAGGAAGCUCGAAUCGGAGAAGUGAACGUAAAUUUUGCAAGGUCUUUAAAUGAAACAACGUUCCAUCUGCGGAACAAGGAAUUAUCUAGGCUUUUUUUUAACUGGUACUAGUUGGCUGAUUUUUUAUUUCUUCAUUUUUUUGGUUCCAGAAGAAUGCCUAUGUCGAUGUGGCUAUGUGUAUGGAUUUUGGUUUGCUGUUAGUCCCUGGUUUGAAAAAAUAA